AUGUCUUCCCUAUUCAAGGAGAUCGUCUUGUCAAAGCUCCAGGAAACCUUGGGGCGCUCCCAGGUGCACAGAUGUCGUGAGAUCAAUCCCACCAGCGACAAAGUACACAACCAUCCAUCCGAGAAAGAACUACUGGCGUUCGAAUCGACAUAUGCCGGAGCAAACACUGCCGAGCUGAUGGAGAGAUACACGGCGUGGAAGUCUGGUGCCGCUCGCCGAAACAAGAACUGUCUUGUAUGUCUGAAGUCGGUUCGUAAUGGGAAGGAAGCUUUAUUGUGCACUACUUGUCCUCGAGUGCUGCACAGUCCCUUCCUGAACGGAAAGGCGCCGCAUGGUGGUCACAAGAUGCAUUGUCCGCUUUGCAUCAAGCGGAGGUGGCAUUUGGUUCGACCGGUUACACCGACACAGAAUGAAGGGCAGUCGGAGGAUGACUCUCAUAUGAAGCGGAUUAGGAGGUAUCAUAGGUGGCAUCGAUAUAAUUGUAUGCAUAUUGUGGAGUGGUGUAAAAUGCAUGAUGACGGAUCCUUAGAGUCUGAUCGGAGGCUGUUGAUAAGCAUUGGAGCUGCGAAAGUGAGUGACAAACAGCAGCAAAUGGCUGGCAAAGUGAGUGAAGGUCGGGCAGAUGACGAGCAGGAGUCGAGUGGAGCAGAAGGUGAAACAGAACAUGCUGGGGAGAAUAAUUUCGAUGCUAAUGACAACCCCCCUAAACAACAAAGACCUCCUCAGGCAGUCAGCGAAGUACAAUCGCAGAAGGAGGGAGAAGCUGCAGAGUACUACAACCCUGAUGCUUCUGAUCUUAACAGCGAUGGCCGAUCCGGAAUACCAGGCGGUCAACGACAAUCUAGCGUGGCCAGCAAGACACACAGCAAGACCUUGCCUUCUGUCGUGAUAUCUCGAGCUUCAACUCGCGAGGCACAAGAUAGGGAACUCGACGGUUCUGCCCUUUCACCUGCAGCAGCAUCCGAGCAUGCAAGCACAGUUCACACUGGUUCCAGCUCGUCCUAUAUUUCAUCAAGGAAGAGUCUAGCUCGGAACAAGGGAGGAUUCCGUCGAGGUCAAGUGAACGACUCAGAGCUCACCUCAUCCAUUGGAUCUGCGGCAUUAGCUAAUUUAGGCUCAACAUGGCGCGUGAAUGAGGCAGGAGCUGGAGAAAGUCACGUGCCAAGCCAGGUGGCCGCUCAGUCAGAAGAGGAUGGUGAAGGCUCCGAUGUGUCGUCGAGAUCGGCUUCGUCUUCCAAAGCCACUCUCAGUCAGCGGGACGGUAGUCCGUCUAAUUCUCACAAGAGUGACAGACUGUCAUCUGUGGUUAGUCGUGGAAGGAGCAGAGUUAGCAGACAGGAUUCAGCCACUGGUUGA